UCCCCGUCGUGACGAGCCAACGCUUUAACCAUUAGGCUACCCCACCGCGCCGCACGACAAUGUAUGCACACGUGAUCGCUGUGCUGAUAUCCUGGAACUGAGUGCACUAAGCGCAGUGUAACUGUAGCCCACUCCAUCAGGCUCAACGAUCACAAACGGGAGGUGACAUUCCACAGCUGCCGCAGCGCUGUAGGCAGAUCAGCUGAGACAACUUGACUAUCCACAUCAGCAACACACUCAGAGAAACAGUCGCAAAGAUGACGGACACAUACUCCGAAGAAGAAGUGAAAGAAGCACGAAGAGAGUUUAAUUUAUUGAUAGAAAAGGGCCUGAAUAUUGACACAGUUAUUAAGAGAUUCGACCACAUAAGUGACAAGUACGAUAUGGUGUUGAGUAUGAUGGACUACAAAUUACCAAAAUGGUUGGGAGACAGUCUUGCAUCCUUGUAUCCUGGCAACAAGGAGGAGGUCAACAUCCUGGACGUUGCUGCUGGAACUGGGCUGGCGUCAGUCGAGAUGAGGAAACAUGGAUUCACGCACAUUGAUGGUCUGGAUCCGUCUGAGGGGAUGUUGGAACAGGCCAAGAAAAACAACUUGUAUGAGAGAUAUAUCUGCGACAUGCUUGCUGACAACACCCUGGACAUCGCUGACAAUACAUACGCGGUAGUGACAAUCGUCGGCUUCAGUUCCGAAUUCUUCAAGGUACUUCCCGUCAAGGCUUUGGAGGAGCUGGUGCGUGUCACGAAACCAGGAGGCCACAUCUUGAUGACUCACUUUGACUACAUCUUCGAGAGCAACGUCCUCCGUGAGAAUCUCUCCAAUCUCCAGGACCGUGAGCUGUGGAAACUUGAGGACAAGAAAAUUAUGCCUGAAAUUGUAAAGGGGAUAAAUGGUCAUCUGCAUAUAUAUAAAGUCAUGACGAAAUGAAAGACAGUGCAAUUAUAUAAUUUCCUUGCUGAACUUAUGUUUUCCACGAGUCGCAAGUGUUGUUGUUGACUGUGGCGUUAUAUAUCAUGAGCUAUUUAGUUGGUCAUCUUUUUUUAAAGCUCUAUUAAGUUUCGGUUGAAGGUUGGACUCUUAUUCGUUCAAUAUCUCAAUGUAAUUGCUAGUUGACGAAUGUAAUGUGGUCGAAGUGAAAUGUUGAAUUACAUUUCAAACCUGGUAAAUAUAAACUUCUUGACUAUGUGCACUUCUUACAAGAGGAGGGCGAGAGGUAGAGGCCUGGAGACUGGAAUAUUGUUUCCGUCUAUACCUGAGUUCAAGUAACACAAAAUACCUUCACAAAUUUACAAUCACUAUUUAUUACAAUCUAGGGCCAGAGGUAUCAAAGACCUGUCUACCACCCAGGCUCUAUAUAAAUAUUGUUUGACGGUAGAUGGAAUGUUGAGAGAUAGGUGUGGUAUAACUUAGAUCUAUGGCGGGUUGAUGAUUGUGAAGUCAUCCAGAUUCGUCAGAGAAUACAACCAGAAGACCGAUCCCGACCUCCCCCAAAAUAUUCUGUGAUACUGGCAGCAACAUCACGGAUGUUAUCAACUUUAUACUAUCCGGUACCACUCCUCAGUGUCUGUAUUCAGGGUGCAACCUGCCAGCGUCUAUGACUGUAGCAACACUCUUCUUUGGACUGUUGGGUAGUGUUUCUCUUGCACAGUAGAAUCGUAUAUCUCUUCGACUAUCCCGGAUCUGAAUUUUACCAUGAAUAUGUAGACUCCGUGGAUCAAUCUUCCAACUUGGAUAUGAAAUCUAUAAAGGAAAUGAGUCCGACCGCGGAUCUGCGACCCACGACGGAUCUGUGUCCAGCUGCGGAGAUAUGGUUUAUGCACAAAAGACUAUACCCAAAUUUGAUAAUGGAAAAAAGCCAAGUUGACCUUUGAUAUACAGUGUAUAUUCUUGAAUAAACAAAAUAUGCAUGUU